UUCGGGCUCCGGCUCCCGGCUCCGGCUCGGGCUGGAGCUCGGGCUGGGGCUCGGGCUGGGGCUCGUCGAAGGUCCGGGUGGCUGCGGCCGCGGGCCCCACCUCGGCUCUCCGGCUCCAGGCCGUCCGGAGCCGCCAACGCCAUGGCCCGAGCGGCCCCGCGGGGCGAGCCUCCGAACCUGGCAGGGUCGCCCCCGGAGGCCGGGCCGCCGCCUCCCGCCGCCGCCGCUGAGGAGCCUGAGGAGGGCCCGGGGCCGGCCCAGGCCCUGCCGCAGCCGCGCCCCCCCGGCGGAGGGCCCCGGCGAGUGCUCUUUGCUGACGAGGCCCUGGGGCUGCCCCUGGCCCAGCUGAGGCGCUACCAGCCGUGGGACUGCGAGGGACCCGAGGGAGGGCCCGACGAAGACGACCACCACGCCAAGGGCGGCGACGACGACGACGACGACGACGACGAGUCUCCCCCCGAGCUGGGCCUGAGCGGGAGCCCCCCUGGGGGGGGCCCUGGGCCUCCCUUCUACUUGCUGCCCGGCUUUGCGCUGCCCCCGGCCCCGGGCCGGCUGGAGCGCCUGCGGGGCUCCAUGGUGGAGCUGGAAGACCUGCUGCCGCCCGAGGACCCAGGGACGCCGGGCAGAGCGCCGGUGCUGCGUGGCCUCAUCCGGGUCCUCAACCUCUCCUACCACAAGGCCGUGCACGUGCGGGCCACCCACGACGGCUGGCUGACCUUCCACGACCACCCGGCCCACUACGUCCCGCGCGGGGGCAGCUCCCCUGAGGACGGGGGGCAGACAGACCGCUUCGCCUUCCAGCUGCCCUUCGAACCCCCCAGCGUGGGCGCCCAGGUCCAGGACGGCGCCCGCAUCGACUUCGUGGUCCGGUACCAGACCCCCGAGGCCACGUAUUGGGCCAACAACCAGGGCAAGAACUAUACGGUGGUGCUGAAAGAGACGGCAGCCCGGGCCAAGGGGUUGGGCCUGGUGGCACCUCCCGUGCCCCUAUUGGGCCCCCCGCCACCCCCACCAGCGAAGCACCUCUUUUGGGAAGUCGAGGCGAAGCAGCUGAAGAGCUGUAUGAAACCUGGCAGACACAGGCAGACUGCGGAGGAACUGAGAAGAGAGAACCUAGAUGAGCCUGUCUCUUCGAUGGAAUGCCCUGAUGACGGGGACAGGGGGUCAGGGAGCAUAUUAGUAACCCCUCUGCCACUCCAACCAGGGUCACAGAUAAUACAGGUCUCAGAUGUCCCAGUGGCUAGCUCUCCAGAGAACAAAGGAUGUCCCCUGUACCUGCCUGAGACAUUCCUGGAAUGUCCACAGCCCCCCACCAUGGAAAUCCACCCUUCUGGGCCGAGCUUGGUGCCAGUGUCAGAGCCGGAGCAGGGAAGAGCCCUAGGAGUGCCCUGGUCAGAGGCCAGGGAAGAGGCCAGAGCUCUGGGUGAGUGGCCUUUCGAGGGCUCCCUUGGGAAGUGGACAGACUUGCUGAGGUCAGACGAAGCCCAGACUGAGGAUGCUGUGGACCUGGAGUUGGAACAGCUCUACCUCACCCACCUGAGCCGCCUGAGGGAUUCAGGGGGCAUCCCUCUAACUGACCCGGACCAAGAGCUCUUCCUCAAAUGGAUGGGUCCAGAGAGAGCCCUGAACAGCUCUCUGGCAGAGGAGAUCACCCUGCACUAUGCAAUGCAGAGUGUGCAGGGUGUGCCUGAGCUCCUGGAAGACGCUAAAGAUGGUGCUGGCAGCAGUGGCGGUGAGGCCGAGGGGGACGAGGAGGAGGAGGAGGCCGCAGAAGGAGACACACUGAAGGAGUCCCCUCCUGGCAUUGGUGCUGGCGUGUGGCUGGCAGGACAGCAUCCAGGGUUCGUGUUGGUAAAGGACGGACUCAUUCAGGACCCAGAAGAAGAGGAAAUCCUGGGGUCUGGUCAUUCCUGGUCCCACUCCUGGGCAGCCCCUGAACAAAAGCCAGAGGAUAUGGAGAAAGAACACAACCAGAUCGGUGCCAUCAAGGCUGAAGGCCUUUCUUCCUGCUUCCAGGAAGAAAGCAAUCUCUUGCCCAAUAGCAUCCCAGUGCAAAAACCCACUGGCAUUGCCCAAGGAGGGGGCCUCUGGGAAUUCCCAGGCCAGCUCCACAGGGCUCUCAGCCAGUCUCUGUGUGUGCUGGGUCUGCUGGUCUUCCUGCCCAUUGUGUGGAACGCCUGUAUGGCCUUCAUGGGUUUGGCCAUUUAUCUCUCUCUGGCCUGGUUCUCUUAGAUGGCCAGGCGUGGGGGUGGGGGUAGGGGGCAGGGGGCAGGAUGGAGACCUAGCAAUAACAACUCCAAAAACCCUAGUUGGAAGAAAUGAGAAAAGACUGGCAGAUUCUCAAAGCUCUUAGACAACCAGACCUAAAUGACACAUACAUAGAGAUCCACAGGCACACACACACACACACACACACACACACACGUGUCCUCAUAGAUCUACCGGACACUCGUGCAUAUAUGCGUGCAUAAUACACACGUGGGGGGCUCCCUGCCACAGUCAGUAGUCCUGAGUUGGUCUCUUGCAACGCAGUUACUGUUUGCUAUAUUUCUUACUAAACAACUUCCAAAGGAACCACCAGAGGCUUUUUGCAGUGUUUGUGGAGUUCUACCUAAAGGCCCCAUCUUCCCAUUUCCAUGCUAGUCUCAAUGGCAGCUGACAGGGUAAGUUGGACUUGGCAGUUUUUUCCUUUUGCCUACUCUAACUCCAGGUGCCAGGUUUGCCCCCACUUACAUUAGAGCUUGCUCUUCUUCCCUCUACCCUGUGGGAAUGAGCACAGGGACCAGGGCCUGGGCUUAAGCCAUGGCUUAAAGACCCUUAUGAGUGAUCACGUGACCAAUUUCCACUAACUGUUUGCCUAUGUGAUCAAAAAAAGAGCCAAGAUGAAUGAGAGCCUAAUUAGGAGGAACAAAGGAAGGUCUGCUGACCUGGACUUAGAGAAAAAUUUCCUCUACAGCAUUCCCACAGCUAGUCGUCAUUCAUUCAUUCAUUCCUUCAUUCAUUCAGUCGAGCAGGCCUUUAACAAGCGUUUGAGUGCUUGCUCACUAUGGGUCAGGUACUGCUUCCUGAGGCAGCAGAUUCUGUUUGUGGAUGAGUUUUCUUGAGCUGAGACCGAAUCCUUUCUCCAUCCACCCCAUUGUUCCCAAUUUGGCCUUUUUCCCAUAUGGAUGGAUGGCCUCUAGGAAACAGUUACUUGAUCCAGCUGGACCUUCCAAGGUCCCCAUUUCCACAAGCCUGUGACAGCCAGAGGCAAAAGCAGAAAUUUUUUUUCAAAAUGAGAGCUUACCAACUAGAGGCAGAGCACACAGUGCCACUGAUCACUACAUGUGAAAGGACCCCGGGUCCUAGAUUCUGGGAUUGCUCAGAAGCCCUCAAGUCUAACCCUCUCAUUUUUAACGGGCCCUGAGAAGGCUGGGCCAACCCUCCAAUAGAAGGAAGAAGGGACCUCUUCUCAUUGUGGCCAAGCCUCAACAGCUUUCUCAACUCCAUGAAAGCUGGGCAGAGGAACCUCAGCUUGGGAUGAGUACUUGAAGAGCCCACUUUACUUAGUUUUCAGAAACAGGGUGUUCUUUAGGCUCAGUUGGGGAGUGAGGUGCCUGGAAUGGAGGCCAGGAAGCCAAGCGACUUUGGAAGGAUCCAGUGGGUACCCUAGCUGCCCCCCAAGUUGAGUGGACCCUCCUGAUUGUAGGGCUAAGCCAAGUUCAGGUCUUUCCGGUUUGGAAUGCUAAGAGCAGCAGCAGGCUGGCCCUGCUGUUCGGGGGCAGGGGCUCCUAGCCUCCACAUAGACUUACUCUGGAUCAUGCUUUGUUUUUUCAUUCCAAAUGAAAGGAAGUGCUAAUUUGCUGUUAGAAGGGAAUGCAGAGAAAGAUGUCAUCUUUUUGCCCACGCCAGUUCACAAACCCCCCUGGAAUCCCUGCCUUAGAAUGAGAGGCCCUGGCUUUUUAUUCCCUCUUCUAUCAGAUAAGGAGGUUGUACUCAGUGCAGCCUCAGGAUCUCCAACCCCUCUCUUUUGAUAGGUUGUAGGUUUCAGUUUCUUCCUCAGCCUCCUUCCCAGAUUGUUGCCUGUUCAUCUGAUUAUAAUGAUUAUCCCUCAAGCCAGAGCACAUUCAUUAAGCACCUACUAUAUUCCAGAUAUAGUGCCGAACUAGAGACAAAGGCAAAAAACAGCCCCUGCCUUCAAGGGGCUCACAGUUUAGUGGGGGAGACAACACAUAAACAACAAUGUACAAAGAAGCUCUGGACGGGAUAGCUUGGGGGGUAAUUACUAAGAUUAAGGAGGCCCAGAAGGGGGUUAAGAUGGCAGUACCCCGGGGCAGCUAGGUGGCUGCAGUGGAUAGAGCACCCGCCCUGGAUUCAGGAGGACCUGAGUUCCAAUCCGGCCUCAGACACUUAACACUUACUAGCUGUGUGACCCUGGGCAAGUCACUUAACCCCAAUUGCCUUACCGGAAAAAAAAAAAAAAAAGAUGGCAGUACCCCUCCCGAAGGCUUUUUUCAAGGAGUCUCUCUUCAGUUCAGUCAUUUUAGUCGUGUUCGACCCUUCGUGACCCUGUUUGGGGUUUUCUUGGCAGAGAUACUGGAGUGCUUGGCCAUUUCCUUCUCUGGCUCGUUUUACAGAUGAGGAAACUGAGGCACACAGGGUGAAGUGACUUGCCAGGGCCACAUGUCUAGUAAGUUUCUGAGGUCAGAUUUGAACUCGGCACUCUAUCCACUGUAGCACCACCUGGCUACCCAUUGUCAUGUGAGAGAUUCCAUCUUCUACUCUGCUGCUGCAAGGGACCCUAGGUGAGAUGUGCCCAAGGCCCCUCUGCUUUCCAGAAACUGCUGACCAAAGCAAAGCAAACUACUGCUUUCCUCAUCGGAGACCUCAACCUGCUUCCCACUGGCCUGGCCAGUCUUACACACUCUGUGGUCAAGCCAAACGUCUUGUGUACUCUAUCCCCCAGAUUUUGUUCUGCUCUCUCUUGUCAGAGACACAAAUCUCUGUCGAUCUGUCAAAGCCUAACCUGACCUAACCCUUCCUAGCAUAUGUAGAUCAUAGCGGUCUCUCCCCCAGUUCAACUGUAAGCCCCUUAAGAGUCAGCCUGAUUUUUCAUCCAUGCACACAGUAGUGGGUUAAUAAGUGUUUAUCAAAUUGAAGAUCCCUUGAGUGCUUAAUGUGUUCCACUUCCCAGUCUCUGUCCAUAUCCAUCCAUGUCUGUGUGUCCACGUCCCUGUCUCUGACCAUCCGUGUCUGUGUCUGUGUCCGUGUCCAUGCCCAUCUCUGGGCUCUCGAUGAGAACCUAGAGCAGAUCUGUGGAGUUCCUCAGGCUUUUAUGGGUGCCACAAUUUCUUCUGUGCCUGAGAUGGACAGAUUGCUUGCUGCUACUCAAUUUCUCUCUAGCCUCAGAGUGGGGAUGAGGUCUUUGGCCCUGUAUGCUUCCUUCACCACUUUGGGAACUGUAUGUUCCUUUGGGUCCAUAUGGAUGAAUUUCAGAGACCAGAAAGUCUCCCAAGCUGCAUGAGCCGUGGAAAAUAGAAGAGUUCCAGCCUGAGAGGGCCAUGCCCUUCAGCUGCCUGUGCACCCUCAGCACUGUGACUGUGUCCAAAUAAAUUCCCAAAUCUCAGCUCCUUCCUCAUGGUUGUGUGUGAGUUUGUCCUCAUUCCCCCUCCCCCAUCCCACUUGUUGAGGAGGGCCAAGAGCUGCCCCGUCCCAUGAGCCAAGCCAAGCAGCCACCUAGAAACUGCCAGAAAUACGAGAGUAGAUGCUAGAAAAUAACAUCACUUUGCAUAACUUCCUAUAUAUUUAUUGUUGUUCAGUCAUUUCAGUUGUGUUUGAGUCUGUGGCCCCAUUUGGGGUUUUCUUAGCAGAGAUACUGGGUUUGUCAUUUCCUUUUCUGGCUCAUUUUACAGAGGAGGAAACAAGGUGAAGUGACUGGCCCAGGGUCACACAGCUAGGAAGUGUGAGGCCAGAUUUGAACUCAGGUAGAUGAGGUCCAGUGGCCCUCUACCCAUUGCAGCACCACCUAGCUGCACCUUGACCAAUUCUAAAAGCAAAAGCAAGGCAACAUGUUGAGCAGGAUUCCCUUGCCAAUGGGAUGGGUUCAGAUCUCUAAUCUCUCAAAUCCCUCCUAUUCUUUAUCAAGAACUUUGCCUCUUCCCUCCUCCCCAGCUUUCAAGUAUAGUCAGUGGUGGGACUUGAAGGCUGGGCCUUCUGACACCCCAGAAUCCAUUGGGCCCCUUCCUGUGCUGCUGCGCUGUGGUCCUGAUGAAGCCCCUAUUCUUAUUUUCAUAGU